AUGGAUCAACUCCCAUUCGCCCCAUCACAGGAGGCAACCACUGAGCUCGACUCAAUGAGUCAGAGCAGAACCUCCAGACCCAAUACCCUGGAAGUCCACAAUUCACAGUCAGAUACUGGAAGGACAUUGAGGGAUCCUGGGAUGAUCCUAAUACCCCCCUCACCUCCAACGACCAACAGUUCUACACCAACAAGUACAACCGACUCAUCAGUGUACGAACUUUGGAGGAGUGUGAUGGAAACACCAUCAAGGGAACAGAGUGGCGAAGAACCACCUCCGAAGGGGUCAACGACCCUUUCCUCCCUGCCCAGGGAAUCGAUCAGGGAGGCAGACAAACCACAGACAGAAGGACCGAUGCAGGAGGACAUCAAGGAGAUGAAUCCUCAGGGCUCGACAAAGGAAUCCACUCCUCUGCCAGAACUCCAAGAGAGGCAUGGGGAGUCCACACGGGGUCAGACAUCUUCUCCCAAGACUCAUACCCCAAAGGAGACAUCUCCAGUUGGAGUUCAGACACCGAUUCCUCCUGUGAGACCGAAGUCAUCUGGCCCAAAUCCGAAGUUCUCCAAGGAAAAUCCACUCAACCCUGUUGCUAGGAAGGAAAGAGGAGUGGCCAAGGAAAAAGGGAUACUGGAUUGGGGAUCGCUCUUUCCAGUGGAUUACUGGAUCACCCCCGAAGGAGGAUCCUGGAAUCUACCCCCCAUGCCCUCCAACUCAACUGCCAAUGACAUCUGGUGCUCCACGGCUGGAGAUGGUUGGGAAUCCCCCUGGCCGGACACAUUGUAUGAGGCCAUAUGGCCCAACCAAAUGGCCAGAGCACCCAUCAACGAAGACCUAUGGGACUCACUUUCCACCCCUGUAUUCCUUGGAAAGGAAUACCGAACAGUCCCGGAGGAAGAAGAAGACAGUGAGACUCCCGCCAACACCUCCUCUGAUGAGGACGAGACUAGACCCGGGAGAGACUGGACCAAACCACACCUACCAUCUGAGGUGUUUUGGACCACGUCUCUGGACUCAGAACUAGGAAAGAGGGUCUCCUCUCUUUCCCAAUGCAGAGGCGUGUCGUGCCCUAGAGAAACGGAUGAAGAAAUGGACAUGGAUCAUCUCAGGAGGGAGCGAAGGAAGACUGGCAGCAGGAAUUCAUGGAAGAGCGAUGUCUCCGCUGUGGAUUCCCUGGACAUGCCAGACAGGACAACAAAUGUCUGUCUGACAGGUCCAAUUGGUGCUCUGCUUGAAAGAGCAGGGCAAGACCCCUCAACGGCAAUCUCUGAGGGGAAGGCAUCGACAAAGGACUAG